AUGGUCUUCGCCGGCGAUGAUUGGGGCUCCUUCAGUUCCAAGCACGGUCGUGGUUGCGGCGGAAACGCCACAACCUCCGGCGGCGAUCCAGAGAAGCAUAGAUUACUUGGGGAUCAGAAGGAAGCGGCGUCGUGUUCGCAGCCGCUAGUGAAAAUCAAGAUGACGAAGAGAGAGCUUGAGGUUCUGGUGAAGAAGCUGGAGAUGCAAGGACUGACUCUAGAACAAGUUAUUGGGCGGAUGAUGAAGGGUGAAGAAGAAUAUGAAAUUGAGCAUCAUCGAUCGUGGAGGCCUUCUCUUCAAAGCAUUCCAGAGGAUUACUGA